AUGACCGAAGCCGAGACUAGAUACCCUCAGAUGGAGAAGUUGGCUCUCGCUUUGGUCACCUCGGCCCGACGRCUUAGACCAUACUUCCAAGCCCAUACGGUGGUGGUGCUCACUAACUUGCCCCUAAAAAGUAUCUUCCAUAAGUCGGAAGCUUCUGGACGCCUAAUGAAGUGGGCAAUAGAGCUAAGUGAGUACGACAUCCAGUUCGAACCCAGAACUGCGUUGAAAGGACAAGCAGCGGCAGAUUUCMUAGYCGAGCUCACACCACYUUCCGAGCUGCGCGAGUCYGACCUACCUUGGACAGUCUAUGUCGACGGAUCCUCCAAUGAGAAGGGGUGCGGARCCGGGGUCCUCUUGCUCGGACCAGGAGGCGAGCGAUUUGAGWACGCCUUGCGGUUCGGCUUCCGGACUUCUAACAACGAGGCUGAGUAUGAAGCAUUUAUUGCCGGCCUGCGAAUCGCUAGAGCAUUGGGGGCCUCUUGUGUUAAGGUCUUCAGUGACUCCCAGCUGGUUGUGAGCCAGAUCAAGGACGAGUACCAAGCCAAAGACACCCGAAUGGAGAAGUACUUGGGCAAGGUCAGAUCGUACCUCGCCCAGUUUCGAACUUACGAAGUAAGCCGGAUUCCGCGAGCAGAAAAUUCUAAUGCUGACGCCUUGGCCAAGUUAGCAUCGGCGUACGAGACCGACCUGGCCAGGUCGGUCCCCGUCGAGAUCUUAGAUAAUCCCUCGAUCUCAGAGCCAGAUCUGAUGGAGAUCGGCGCUCCAGAAUCCUCAUGGAUGGACCCGAUCGCGGACUUCAUUAGGGGCAACUCACCACAAGACCCCAAGGAGCGCAGAAAGUUGGCAAGGCGGGCAGCUCGGUUCGUGGUUCGAGAUGGGGCAUUGUACCGACGUGGCUUUUCCCUGCCUCUAUUGAGAUGCCUAACCCCUGAAGAGGGCCUGUACGUCCUUAGAGAGAUCCACGAAGGAGUGUGCGGCAAUCACUCAGGCGCCCGGUCGCUGUCAGCCAAAGUGAUCCGACAAGGAUACUAUUGGCCGACCCUCAGCCAGGACGCCAAGAAGUUCGUUAGAACUUGCGACAAUUGCCAACGCUACGGAACCAUAAUCCACCAACCUCCCGAGCUGCUCACCCCCAUCUCGGCCCCGUGGCCAUUCGCGCAGUGGGGGGUAGAUAUCAUUGGUCCUUUCCCUUUGAGCAAGGGCCAGACCAAGUUCGCUGUGGUCGCUGUGGAUUACUUCACCAAGUGGGCCGAGGUCGAAGCGCUCUCCCACAUAACGGAAUCCAGGGUCACAUCCUUCGUAUGGACGAAUAUCAUAUGUCGCUUUGGUAUACCGCAGGCCAUAGUGACAGACAAUGGGAAGCAGUUUGACAACGCCAAAGGGCCUGUACGUCCUCAGAGAGAUCCACGAAGGAGUGUGCGGCAAUCACUCAGGCGCCCGGUCGCUGUCAGCCAAAGUGAUCCGACAAGGAUACUAUUGGCCGACCCUCAGCCAGGACGCCAAGAAGUUCGUUAG